AUGAGGAACGUGUUGCUGGAUGUGAAUUAUCAUGAUCCUUAUUAUUUUCAUGCCAAGAUUCUUAUCAAUGGAAAACUCAUCAAUGAGAUAUGGGUGUAUUCCAUUAUCGGAUUUGGAUCCGCAAGGGAAAGUAAGAAAGAUGCCGAUGCAGCAGGGGUCGUAAUCGAUAGUAUUGUCUGCUCUACUGAGAUCUUCGUUGCCACCUACCACACAUCCACCGGAAAGGCCCUGGCUUUCACAUCGUCUUCCGCUUCUUCUCACUUGGACUCACAGACCCAGCACGCCAACUCGCCCAACAGCUCGUCGGCAUUGCAGAGAUCGCUCACUUCUGUAGCUGCCAGCAAGAUGAAGAAGGCAUUGGGUCUCAAAUCGCCUGGUUCAGGCUCCAAGAAGAAUCUUGGGUCCGGUGGGUUCGGGUCGGGACUUGAAAAGCCCAAGCGGGUUAUGACGGUGGGUGAGCUGAUGAGGAUCCAAAUAGGGAUUUCUGACGCUAUGGACUCUAGAGUCAGGAUAGCUCUGCUUAGGAUUUCUGCUGCAGGUGAGCUCAAUUUCUGUGCUUUCUUAUUUGUGAUCUUGGUUGAUCUGGAAGGUGCUGCUGUUGCCGUCGUCGAGGAGGUGAAGAACAACAACCAUGUAGUAAGAAAGUUGAAAAAGCAUCAACAGAUUUGCACCCUUGACCAACAUAUUGAAGAGCAAUUUGGUGGUGGUCGUCUAUUGGCUUGUAUUAUAGCAUGGAUUGGUCCGAGGAAAUGGAGGUCAAAUAAUGGACAUAUGUCAAAAAUGAAAAACAGAGGAAGUGCAUAA